AAAACCGAAAUCGACCUGAUUUCAUCAUCCAACCACACGCGACUCUGAAGCCUCCCCGCGAAGAGCUGUUGAGAACGCGACGACGAAGUUUAAGCAACUUUGUCGAAAACCAAAAGGUUAAUUUUUGUACCACUUAAACAGCUACUCUGUAGCAAACAGCCGCAAAGAUGGCUUCGACCAACAAGCAAGGCAAGAUGGCCGGUUACAUCAACUACCGGAUGCGUGUCACUCUUAACGAUGGCCGCCAGAUGACCGGACAGAUGCUUGCCUUCGAUAAGCACAUGAACCUCGUCCUCGCCGAUGCCGAAGAGUUCCGCCGCAUUAAGCGGAGACAAAACAAGCCCGCCGCCCCUGGCUCGUCUGCCCCCGCCGCCCAGACCGUCGAACAGGAGGAGAAGCGCACAUUGGGUCUUACAAUCAUCCGUGGCGCCCAUAUUAUCUCGCUCUCCGUCGAGUCGCCUCCCCCCGCGGACCCGAGCGCUCGUCUUGGAAAAUCGACUGGUGGAGGACUUGCUUCCACGCUCCAGGCUGGUCCUGGUGUUGCUCGGCCUGCUGGGCGCGGUGCUGCCGCUCCUAUCUCGCUCGCCGGACCCGCCGCUGGUGUUGGCGGCGCUGCGCCUCCCCCGCCGUUCCCCGGGUUUCCCGGUGCUGCACCCCCCGGAUUCCCCGGUCGUGGUGGCCCUCCUCCUCCCGGCUUCCCUGUCUUCCCUCCUGCGGCUGGCUUCCCCGGUGCCCCUGGCUUCCCCCCUUCGUUCCCUCCUCCGGGCGCUGGUGGCCCCGCUGGCUUCAAUCCGCCCCCGCGCAGAUAAGGAGGUUGACCGUUCGACUUUACCGUUAAUUUACCAAUCCAAUCCGAUGGUGUAUUGUGUCCGAGACAUGCUAGAACUCUCCUGCAUGAAGCGGGCUUGGAUGAAAGCAAAUGAAGCUCUGCCCUGGUUUAAGAGGUGUGGAUUUUAUGCUGGCGUUUAGGGGGUUCAAUGAAAACAUUUGUUUAGAGCGGGAUAAAUACCUGCGUUUCAAGCAUGAAUCAGGGAUAUAGCAUUGCAAAAACAUGGCCAAUAUCAAUACAGAUUAUGAACACCA